UUUACGCAGACGGACCGAAGCAACAUGACAGCUGAUAAAGUGGCAGCAGGAAGUGAAGAAGAAGAUAAACUACAGAUUUUAAAAGGUGCGGCGUUCCUGACCACGGUGGCGUCUGCAGGGAUGGUCGCAGGAUUUGGCUCCACGUUGGCGCUCGCCAAGAAAAAAAGCCCCAACUGGUUUAAUAAGGGGGUCAUGGGGACGGCGGCGGCCCCGGAGAGCGGAGCCUCUCUGGCCCUCAGAGCUCUGGGUUGGGGCUCUCUGUACGCCUGCUGUGGAGUCGGACUGAUCAGCUUCACUGUGUGGAAACUUCUGGAUGUUCACAGCCUGUCGCAGUUCAGACAGAAGAUGCAGUCCUUGUUCCCGUCCAUCCCGAAGUCCACAGCGUCUGCAGCCGGAUCAGAACCUCCGGACUGGGACGCCGUCUUCAAGUCAAAGUAACCUGAUGCUGCUGGAAACAGACGGAAACCGCUGACAUGAAGCUCCAGAGACUC